UAGGAGGCAGGUAGCACAGACGCCAUCUUACCGCUCCUCGUCCCUCGUCAAUCACCCUAAUCGUAGAACUCAUCAUGGCCAGUCUACAGAGAACGUCAAGAGCAUCAUCCAGAGCGAUUCGCUCUUUGCUUCAUCAGAGUCAGAGGAACCUUGCUACCCAUGCUGCCGCAUCCUCGUCCAGCAGUAGCAGCAGUAGCAGCUCUGAGCCAUCUUCCUCUUCUUCUUCCUCUUCCUCGUGGUCGCCUCGCCUAGCUCCAGGCGUAUCUCCAGCGUACGAUGAAGCUCUUCACUUCAUCUCUUCCCACCAAGCAUCUCUCAAGAGGCGCAUCACCGAGCUGCAGUCGUCAGCACCAGCCUCACCUGAGACUGCUGCUGUCAUCGAGAGUCUGACAGUGGCUAGUCAGAUCAACGACCCACAGGUUCGCUGGGCUUUCGAGAAUACUGCAGAGGAUAAUUUGGAUCUGAAGAGCCCGGUAGUGCGGCAUUUGAGGGAGAGGGCGUGGAGAAAAUGCGGCUCGUUGGACAAGCUGAUUGAGCGUCUACGGGAUCAGUACGUUCUUCCGGACUCUGUAGCAUCUAUAGUCCCUACGGUCGAUGUGCAGCUCAUCCUGGGCUCACCCACCGGGCCUGGUGUAUCGGACCACACAUCGCAAGGCUCUACGCCUGCGCCCUCGGGUGAUGUACUUCCCGGUGUGCUGCUCGACCAACGUCAUCUUGUCGAGCAGCCGAUCCUUAGGCUGACCAGCUUCAACGGCAAAGAGGGCAAGAAGUACUCGCUCCUCAUGGUGGAUUUGGACCGACCGGAUGAGGAAGGCAAACUGGUGACUCAUGCGCAUUGGAUAGUGACUGACAUCAGCCUAUCGGCAUCUCAGCCUCGGCUGCUCACUCCAGGCUCGCUCCUAGGCGGGCAAGCUGCUCUCCCUUACGUCGCGCCAUACCCAGCCAAAGGCUCCGCAAAGCACCGCUACGUCACGCUCCUCGCCGAGCAGACCUCUUCUGCCUCACCUACUGCACCCGUCAAGCGCUCCAACUUUGAGCUGCGCGAUUACCUCUCAGCAAACGGCCUCGAGCCAGUCGGUAUUCACUUCUUCCGGUCAGAGUGGACCGAAGGGUCCAAGGAGAGCAUUUCAAAGGUAUGGAAGAGCCUGCAGGGAGAAGAGGAGGGCAAAGAGGAGGUGUGGGGAACAUUGGGAAGGAGGGAGAGGAAGAAGCGACAGGAAGUGUGGUAAGAGAGCGGGACUCGUGUCGGCUUCUUGACAAGGCAGCAAUGACAGUCAGUCUCAUACGUGCGAGCUCCCUUCAGGCGACUAGAUUUCGGUUUCGAGCUUCCUAUUUUUAA